UGAUGAUGCUGAGGUUCGAUUGACGUUGAUCACGUGCCAGGUCACGAGUGAGCUUCUGGCCAAUCAAAUGCCCAGAGUUGUAAUCCCGCUGAGCAACUUUCCUAGCCGAACACAUCCAUCACGUCAAAUCCUCGCCUCCCGCCCCAGCCUAGACGACCAAUUGACCCCCCGGAGUUCAAUUGAACCUCUCCUCUCCGCCAGACCCUCGGUCCACCUCGAACGACCUCUCCGAGCCAAACUCCCUCAGUUCACAAUGGCCCACGCCACUAUGCUUGCGCGACGACAGCUCGCCUCGAGCUCUUUGAGCACCAGAGCUACCAGCAUCGUUGGCCUCGUCCAGCAGCGAGGCUAUGCGACACCUCACGGCCCUCCCCCCGCCAACUUCCGAACGAGUAAGCCUGUGAAGUGGACGUGGGAUAAUGAUAGCACCCUGGACCGCAUGGGAAAGUUUUUCCUCAUGACCGAGAUGGCGAGGGGCAUGUAUGUCCUGCUUGAGCAGUACUUCCGACCACCUUACACUAUUUACUACCCCUUCGAGAAGGGCCCUAUCUCUCCCCGAUUCCGUGGUGAGCACGCUCUCCGACGAUACCCCUCUGGCGAAGAGCGAUGUAUCGCCUGCAAGCUCUGCGAGGCUAUUUGCCCCGCCCAGGCCAUCACCAUCGAGGCUGAGGAGCGAGCUGAUGGAUCCCGCCGAACCACCAAGUACGAUAUCGACAUGACCAAGUGCAUUUACUGCGGUUUCUGCCAGGAGUCUUGCCCUGUCGACGCCAUCGUUGAGUCGCCCAACGCCGAGUACGCUACCGAGACCCGAGAAGAACUUCUGUACAACAAGGAGAAGCUUCUUUCCAACGGAGACAAGUGGGAGCCCGAGCUCGCAGCCGCCAUCCGCGCCGACUCGCCAUACCGAUAA